UUAUUUCCACCAUUUUAUUUUUUUUUCAGAAUCGCGACCCUAUCAUGGAAAUCCUUUAACGUGAGGUCCUUUCAUGCAUGGCUGUGAAAAAACAUCAUUAGCCAUAUCUGUUUGUGUGUGAAGCUGAGUGGAAAAUGUCCCGUAAUGGCAAAUGUCUCUCCCGAGGGCGGGUGGGAGUAAAGUAGGUCUGCCAGGUUGUACGUUAACUCGAGCUGCUGUUUUUUUGAAAACGACUCAACCGUACAGGACCCAAUGCGGGGAUGUCUGAAAAAGCUUCAUUUAAUAAAGUCACUGGCUGGUCGAUGGCGGCGGGAGUGCACGAGUCGCUCACGCAGCCUGUGUCUGGAUCGCGAGAGGACUAGAGCGAGCAUGACUGCGGCCACGGGUGACGGGUUGAAGCCACGGGUGACGGGUUUCAUCCUGAGCGUGGCCUCCUGCCUCAUCGUGGGCACCAACCUUCUGGUGGCUGCAGCCCUCCUGCGCCUUCUGACUAAAAGGUGCAGCCAGAGCUGGUGCUUCGUCCUCAACCUCGCCCUGGCUGACAUCCUGGUGGGCUUGGCCAUUACCGGUCUGGCCACAGAGGACUUCGGUACCAACGUCACCUCCACCGACUACCACCACCACCACCAUCACUACUACCGUCAAGGUGCCGGGAACUUCACAUCCCCGGCUCCGGGAAAGAGCCGCUGUUUGAUGCGGAUGGCCUUCGUGAUGUCGCCGUGCACGGCGUCCAUUUUGUCCAUGUUUCUGAUUUCGCUGGACCGCUACGCCGCCAUCAAGGUGCCCCUGAGGUACACCAGGUUUUCUGGAAAGGGGACGGCGGUCGGUUCCCUGGUGGCUCUUUGGGCUUGUUCGGUCAUUGUGGGAUUCUUACCAGUGAUGGUCCGCCAGCUGCAGACGGACGGCUACGGUGGCCUGUGCGCCUUCUUCUCCGUCAUCUACCCGACGGGCAUCAUCGUCCUGUUCAGCGUGUGUUUCUUCCCCGUCCUCUCCGUGUUUGUGUACAUCUACAUGGACAUCCUAAAGAUCGCCUGUGGCCAUCAACGCCAGAUCUUCCAGAUCAGCCAGGCGGGCUCCCGGACCACCGCAGGCCACCGGCACUCUUCCCAGUGGCCCCAAGCGAGGAGCCGGUACUGGAGCCACGUCAAGGCCCUGAGGACCGUGGCCUUGCUGGUGGGCUGCUUCCUGACCCUGUGGUGCCCCUUCUUCGUGGUGAGCAUCGUGCAGCUGCUGUGUAAAAGCUGCCGGCUCAUCACGGUGUUGGAGAAUCACCUGUGGCUGCUGGGCAUGUCCAACUCGCUCAUCAAUCCACUAGUCUACGCCUGUUGGCAGAGGGAGGUGAGGACGCAGAUAGCGGACAUGUUUGCGUGCCUGGCGGGAAGGGGGUCGGCUCCUGGACCGGUCUUGGGGGUUGGAGACCUUCAGUCGCAAGCGCAGACUUGAACUGGUGGCUGAACCCCGCAAUUCCGCUUCGCUGGAGCCUAAACCGUCUUACUUUUGGCAAGAAUAGGCACUUCCAUGUCAUAUGACCAAAGCAGAGUGAAGGAGAAAGACUCUGAUGGGAUUCCAACCCAGAACCCUUUGACUCUGAGGCCGAUUUACUCACCACUUACCUCAUUGGUUCACCACCAACAAUUGCUUGUGCGUUUCAAAGUACAUCCUGGUCGUACAUUCUGUGCUUUAUUUCUAACUGACGUACUGUAAGACUGUCGUUGCUGGAGAUAACAAACCCAAGCAAGCGUCCGAUGGUUUAUCUCAAGGUUUUCCUCUGUCGAGUUGAUUAUUUAGUCAUGGAAACGUCCUGGUUUGCUCCACUCUCAAUAAAUCUGCCACCAGGCCACGUGGAUGGGGCUCAGCUUGGAUCCAUAUUGACUUAAGUGUGACUGCAGGCUGCAGUGUCGAUGUAACCUAAUCAGGCAAGGCAGGU